UUCCGAAUUUAAAAAAGACCUCACCUCAUAAAAAUUACAUUCCGCAUCGAAAAAAAGGACUUCACCGACGGCGCAACCGCCACAAAUCACAACACAAAAAAUAUAUAGAAGUCGAAAGUCACAACCCCUCCUUCCUUCACAACAAUCGAUCCAAGCCAUGAGCGACGAUCAACCCGAGCAGCCCCGACCCAGAGACCCGUUUCUUCUCAACUACAAGCCGUCGGAGCUCCGAAUCGCCUCGGAGUUUCUGUCCACAUGGGCACCCUUCCUCUCCAAAGAUCUCUGCCAACACUGUACUCAAACUCUCUCCGAUCGUAUUCGCUCCCUCGACCUUGAACUUGACUCCCAUGCUGAGCAAGAACACCCAGAAGAGAAUUCGAAUGCUGAGAAUUCAAAUAGCCCCAGGGUGAGUGACGAUCAUGAUGAUAACUGUGACACCAAUUCGAUUGGUAGUUGGAAAGAUGGCUGGAACGGGGGCUCUGAACCCGUUGUGGGGCCUUCUACGAGUGGCUCGCCACGGCUUGAAACUCCCCCAAGCCAACAAAAGAAGUCCUGGGCCGACAUGGAGGAGGAGGAGGAAGACGAGUUCGAGGAGGAGGAGGAGGAGGAGGAGGAGGACUCUAAGACCAGCAAACGGGUUGUUGAUUUGAAUGCUGCCACUGGAGAAUUGAGGAUAUCUAAGGUUGUGGUGGAGAAGCCGAAGCUGCCGAGGGAACAGAGAGAGUACAUUCGGUUCAUGAAUUUGCAGCGAAAGAAAGACUUUAUUUGCUUGGAAAGAGUUAAGGGAAAGUUUGUUAAUAUUCUCGAUGGACUGGAGCUUCACACUGGUGUUUUUAGCGCCGUGGAGCAGAAGAGGAUUGUGGAUCAUAUUUAUCAACUUCAGGCGAUGGGGGCAAAGGGAGAAUUGAAAGAGCGGACAUAUUCAGCACCCAGUAAGUGGAUGAAGGGCAAGGGGCGUGUAACCCUCCAAUUUGGGUGCUGUUACAAUUAUGCAAUAGAUAAAAAUGGUAAUCCACCUGGCAUCCUCCUGGAUGAACUUGUAGAUCCUAUACCUCCUCUUUUCAAGGUGAUCAUUAGGAGGCUGGUCAGAUGGCAUGUACUUCCUCCAACCUGUGUACCUGAUAGUUGCAUUGUCAAUAUCUAUGAAGAAGGGGAUUGUAUACCUCCACACAUUGACAACCAUGAUUUUAUGCGGCCUUUCUGCACUGUGUCAUUUCUAAGUGAGUGUGAUAUUCUUUUUGGAUCAAACUUGAAGAUUGUGGGUGCUGGUGAGUUUGCGGGUCCCUAUUCCAUCCCCCUGCCAUUGGGAUCUGUUCUUGUCUUGAAUGGAAAUGGGGCUGACGUGGCUAAGCAUUGUGUGCCUGCCGUUCCUUCAAAGAGGAUAUCAAUCACAUUUAGAAGAAUGGAUGAAUCCAAACGACCAACUGGGUUUGUUCCAGAACCGGACUUGCAGGGGAUUCAACCAUUGUCAUAUGAAGAGGACAAAGCACAGAAGUUAAAUGCUACAAAACCUGAGUACCAUAUGAAAAAACAGUCAGUUAGGAGAGCAGUUAACAUGGAAGCAAGGGGAUCUGCUGAGAGAAGUUACACCUAUACAGAGCCUCGUGAAUCAACUUGGAGUCGACGAGGGCCUGCAAAUAGGCGGAGAGUUGGGUUGAAUCUGAGCAGCUGAUGAGUGCAGCAUUACAAAGAGCCAACCCCCUGUUGCUUUUGUGUUAUUUUUCUUUGGUCAUUUUCAGCUGUGGAAAGCUGAUCAUCAAUUGUGUGCAGUGGUUUUCUACAGAUGAGUCUGAAUCCUGCUAUUUCCACUGUUUGGUGUUUGAAAGAGCUAUGGAGAGGAUUUGACUGCUCUGUAGUUAUGUCAAAGGCUGUCUUAUUAUGAUUCUUAUACAAGCAAUUGUGUGGAUAUAUUUUUGACUGAAAUUGGAAGUUCAAGUGAGGGGCAAGUUUGUGAAGGUCAUAAAGUUGGUUUGAUUAAUAAAAUCAGAAAUGCAUUGGACAUGCCGUUAGAAGUUAUGCUGCCGGAAUCUCUGGAUAGUCUGGAUUGAUAACACAGUCAUCCUGAUGAAUGACCGGUUGUGAGCUAGCUAGGGUAGUGUUAUUGGAUUUUUAGCUUGAAGCGUGGCUGGAUUGAAACUGCUUGCUUGUGACAGAUCGUUUUUUUUUUUUUUAGAUUCCUAUGGUGCAAUCAUUAAAUGUUUGUAUAAUUUUACUGAUAUGAUAUUAUGAAGUAUUUUUUUUCCAUUUUUUUUUCCCGGCAUGUGCGUGAGUUUUUCAUUUGUAAACUGUGAGAUUCACUCUAAGUGCUUUUCAAUGCACUUUCUAUUAAUAAAACUAGGAUUUGGAGAUUUUGAUUGAA